AUGGCGACGACGACCUCUGAGAACGUAAACGACGCAGAGACGCUCCCGGAGUUGGACGUGAUUUGGAAAAUCGUCUCCCCUGGCGAACUCGACGUUUGGCAAAGUUCGAACGCGUUUACGUUAGAAUCGGAAUUGGAUAAAAGCGAUGGAUUUUUCCACUGCUCGAACACGCUUCGGAUCCGGAAAACCGCGGACUUGUACUUCAAAACAAUCUCAAAUCACAAGAUGGUUAAAAUUGAGACGAAAACGUUGACGCACGGGAACACGCGCUCGGUGAUUUUUACCGCGGAGGCACCGACGAAAGAGGAAGUGGAUGAGAACAAGGAUUCGAUAUUUAUCCACUAUUUAUUGGUUGAGGGGAAGGCGUGUUGCGCCCACGUGUUCGCGAACUUUGAGAAGUAUCCGCUGAAGACGGAAGACGUGAUUAGUGGAGUGUUUGAUAUGCCGUGGGUGGCUAGCGAAGGGAAGCAUGAGUUUCCCGGUUUAGAUAUGUUGUGUUAG